AUGGCUCGCUCCCGAUCUCGUCCCCGUCGUGCUCUUCAAAAUUCUGCCCAUGAUGACUUCUUCGGCAUGCCUUCGGUUCCGAAUACCGCCCCUACGAUUGGACGCCUUCGACGCGUUUUGGUCAUCAUUGACUUCAGUGAAGUACGUCAUGUUGCAGAAUAUUUGCAGCUUCUUCGUGUGACGCUGGGAGAGCUCAUCUCCAAUGUUAGUGACCAAAUCUCGGUAACCUGGGAUGGUCAGAUCGACCCUGACGAGCAACGAUUCCAUUUUAUCGGCCUUGAGCACGGCAUCACCGGCUUCGCCAGACCUGCCACCUUGAGUUCUGAAUCUCUGAGCCAUGAUGGCCUCGCCCACCUGGCAGGACACCUGGUGAUCUUGGAGAAAGAGUACAACAAGGCGUGGUCACGGGGUCGGCCUGGCUGCCGUUGGGCCAUGUUGGGCCCAUUGGGCCCGUUGGGUGUUCGUUGGGCGCUGGGCACUGGAGGCAAUCAUGAGUCGGCUUUGGCUGAUGCCUCUCGGUGCUUGGAACUUGAUCCCGCCUAUGUGAAGGGCUACUCCAGGAAGGGCAAAGCACUCUUCGAUUUGUCUCGGUUAGACGAGGCGGAGGAAGCCUACAAGGCCGGCUUGGAAGUGGAUGCUGAGAACCAAGGCUGUACGCAGGGUUUGGCAGAUGUCAAGGCUGCAAGGGCUCGAUCUUCGGGGUCAUCGGGGUCAGGGUCUGGUAUGGGAAGCGCUUUCUCUAACUUCUCAGCCUCAAGCUGGCUACAGAAACUGAAACAAGCAGGUAUUGGCGGCCGUCUGCAGAUGUACAUGGUGGCCUUCGCUGGGUAUUACAUGUACAAGAACUACAUGGGAAAUUCCAAGUCUCCACAGACGGAGACAGAUAAAGCAACUGCAGAACCGGAAGCUGAGGUCAGGUAUUCGGCCCGAAGUGUUGGGAGCCUGCAGAGAGGUUUCGAGCAGGUUCAAGGCCUUUGGUCCUCAUUCUUAGAGUUGCGAGAAGGUGAGCACUCCUUGGUGUUCUUGCAUAGAACAGCUUCAUCCGCAGAGGCUGAGUUUGCAAAAGUCUUCCCUGCUGUGCAGAAGGUGUUGGGAUCUCCUCUAAGUGUUUUUGCGCCAGAUCGCCCUUGCCAUGGGUAUUCGCCUUGUGGAGGAGCGGCAGGUGACGUGAAGUGGCCGCAAGGGCUUUUGAAGAGCCGACAAGCUCAGCACAUGGCCUACGUAGCUUCCGGAAAGGAGGCAGCGCACACCAUCUUAAAUCUCUUGCGAGAGCGGCAGGAAGCAGCCCAGGUGCUUCUCAUAUCGCCAGGGGUUGCUGCUGAUAGACCUAGCUUAGCAGACUUCCAGCAGUGGUUGAAGCGGCAGAGGCAGUCGCCACGUGCCUUGGCUGAUGCUGUGAGAUGGGCAGCUUCCGUGCUGGAAAGUGAAACGCAGGACGAAGAUACCGAGAUUGGCGCGGGAAGUCCUGAGGGCUGCUCCAUAACAAUUCUCACCGAAGCAGGUGAGACCGAGGACAAAGUCUUCCUGGAGGAGUUAGAGGGGCAAGGGCAUGUAGUGAGGAGUCGUCAGCUUUCACCUGAAGAGUCCCUGCACGAGGAGGUGGCAAAGGAAGCUUCACAACUCCUGGCUUGA